AUGAGUCGCCAAUUCAACUGCAAAUCCGGCAAGGGGAGUUUCAGCGGGCGCUCGGCCGUGCUGCCCGGGGGAAGGGGCGCCAGCUCGGGCUCGUACCGGGCCGGACCCAAAGCUGCGGGGGCGGCGGGGGUCGUGGGCGGCUUCGGCAGCCGGAGCCUGUACAGCCUGGGCGGGACCCGCAGCAUCUCGGUCAACGUGGCCGGCGGCGGUGCCCGCAGCUCGGGCUACGGGUUCGGCGCGGGGGCUGGGGGCUACUGGCCGGUCCGGGGCCGGGCCAGCGGCUUCGCGGGCAGCAUGUUCGGCAGCUUGGCUCUGGGGCCCGCCUGCCCGUCCUCCUGCCCCCCCGGCGGCAUCCACCCGGUGACCGUCAACCAGAGCCUCCUGCAGCCGCUGGACGUCAAGGUCGACCCCGAGAUCCAGAAGGUGCGGACUCAGGAGCGCGAGCAGAUCAAGGUCCUCAACAACAAGUUCGCUUCCUUCAUCGACAAGGUGCGGUUCCUGGAGCAGCAGAACCAGGUGCUGGAGACCAAGUGGGACCUGCUGCAGCAACUCGAUCUGAGUAACUGCAAAAACAACCUGGAGCCCAUUUUCGAGGGCUACAUCAGCAACCUGCGCCGGCAGAUGGAGGGUCUGAACGGGGACCGCGUGCGGCUGGAUUCGGAGCUCCGCAGCGUGCGGGACCUGGUGGAGGACUUCAAGAAGAGGUACGAAGAGGAAAUCAACAGACGAACAGCUGCUGAGAACGAGUUUGUGGUUCUCAAGAAGGACGUGGACGCCGCCUACACCAACAAGGUGGAGCUGCAGGCCAAGGUGGACUCACUAGACGGCGAGAUCAAGUUCCUCAAGUGUCUGUUUGAAGCGGAGAUCGCCCAGAUCCAGUCCCACAUCAGCGACACGUCGGUCAUCCUGUCCAUGGACAACAACCGCGACCUGGACCUGGACAGCAUCAUCGACGAAGUGCGUGUGCAGUAUGAGGACAUUGCCCUCAAGAGCAAGGCUGAGGCCGAGGCCCUGUACCAGACUAAGUUUCUGGAGCUGCAGCUCAUAGCCGGACGGCACGGGGACGACUUGAAACACACCAAGAACGAGAUCUCGGAGCUGAGCCGGCUCAUCCAGCGGAUCCGCUCGGAGAUCGAGAACGCCAAGAAGCAGUGUGCCAACCUGGAGACGGCCAUCGCCGAUGCGGAGCAACGCGGGGACUGUGCCCUGAAGGAUGCCCGGGCCAAGCUGGACGAAUUGGAGGGCGCCCUGCACAGCGCCAAGGAAGAAUUGGCUCGACUACUACGCGAUUACCAGGAGCUGAUGAAUGUCAAACUGGCGCUGGACGUGGAGAUCGCCACCUACCGGAAGUUGCUGGAAGGAGAGGAGUGCAGGAUGUCUGGAGAUUUUCCAUCCUCCGUGAGCAUCUCCGUCAUCAGCAGCACCAGUGGCGCCAGCGGGUCCACCGGCUACGGCUACCGUCCCAGUGCCAUCAGUGGCGGCUAUGCGGUCAGCAGCGGCUAUGCGGUCAGCAGUGGCUAUGCGGCCAGCGGCGGAGGCAGCAGCUCCAGUGGAGCUCGAGCGGGAGAGGCCCGGAGGGGCAGCGUUAGCGACUUCAAGGAUGCCCUGGCCAAGGGGUCCUCGCUUGUCUCGCCCACCCGGAAAUCUCCGCGAUAACGUGGAACAGCGACACGGAUUUACCCCACUCUAGCACCUCUACCUUUCCUUCCUCCCUCCUGUCUUCUUCUCUGCC